AUGGCCGCUAGCACUAAGCUUGCAGCUCUUGGCUUUGUGGUCCUCGUGAGCAUUGGCUUCACCAAUGCUUCACGUAUGCUCGCUAGCUCGUCCUCCGCCUCAGGAGGAGGCGGGGGUGGCGGAGGCGGUGGUGGUGUAGCCGGUGCGACUGGAUGGGGCGAAGGGUCCGGACAAGGUGGUGCCACAGGAUAUGGGGAGAACGGUGGGGAUUGGAGUAACAAGUAUAACUAUGCCAAGGGAGCUGGUGGAGGAGGAGGAGGAGGUGCUGGUGGUGGCUCACAGGGUGGAGCCGGAUCCGGCAACGGGUAUGGCUCUGGCACCGGCACCGGUGCGAGUGGCACGGCAUCAGCCCCUAGCGGCGAUGGGUAUGCUAGUGCUAAAGGUGAUGGUGCGGGUGGUGGCCAAGGUGCCGGUGCUGAUGGGUCUAGUGGAAAAGGAUCUGGAGAGGGCAGCGGUAAAGGAUACGGUGAGAGUGGCGUAGCAAAAGCGCCGGCUCCUGCUGCUGGUGGUGUCAGCUACUCCGAUGCUGGCGGUAGUGGUGAUGGUGGCGGCGGCGGCACUAAUGGAAAUGGAGGUGGUAACGGCAAAGGAGCUGGACAGGCCGGCAGCGACGAGACUUCAGGCAAUGCUAGUGGAGAGGGUAGCGGCAACGGUGGUGGCAUCGUUGAAGGUGUCGCUCAAGGUCCAAGCGUUGGAGUUGGGUCUGGUUCUGGCGUCGGAGCUGGACAGACUGGUAGCUCUGGCACUGAUGGUUCAGGCUAUGCCACUGGAAUCGGUGGAGGUGGCGGUGGCGGCGCAGGUAGCAGCGACAACGGCGGGACAGGCGGCGGCUCAGGCACCGGAUCUGGAUCUGGUACCGGUGGAUAUCCUUAA